CCCUCAAAGUACUUAAGGCUUCGUAAAGAAAGAUCAAUACAAAUGUGGGAUUUAAAUUAGUAAUUAAAAAGUUGGACAAGUCACAAGUGGAAGUUCAUUUACCUUUUAACUUUUUUUACCGAUUUUGAAAAGUUUACAUCUUAUAACCAGUAACCACAUAAUACUGUCAGAAUCACAGUGGUAGCAAUAUUUCCGUGGAUUACUAUUCCAAAGAUGGCAAAUUUUUGAUGUGCAGACUGGAUCUGACGACUGCCGCUCAAGACUUAGGGAUUUUUUAUCAGCUGGAAAACUUGGAAACAAAUUUCGCAGAAAGGGGAAAGUAUUCCUUGCAAUGCCUCCACGGACGGACUGCGUUAUCGAUGAGUUGUCGGGACUUUUUUCCCGUCGCCAGCGUAUCGUUCCCAUUCAGAAGUCCAAUUCAGACAUUGAAAAUCAACCCCCACACAAGCGACUGCGUAGAGAUCUUUCCAAUCAUCCCUUGUCGUUGCCCUAUCAAAAUCUGAAGGAACACGUUGCCUCUGCAUUCAAUGCACAACCGCGAUCAUCGUUGAAGCAACCAACACAGCCAGCAGAACAGCAGCAUCUGCGCAUGCCCAGCUAUGUUGACUGCACGACAUGGCCCGGCGUGACGGAAUGGAUGCAGUGUCUGCAGCUGACAGAAGCAUCCAGUGACAUCCAGGAGAGUCUACUAUGCAAUCGCAUCGAGGCAGCCUGGGAUAAAGUAGUGCGACGCUCGCUGCUCUUCAUGGAAUCCAAGCUGUUUCCGUUUUUCGACCGUUUCAUGACGGCAGCCAUGGCGGAAAGGAACGAUCCCAAAGCCGAAAACAGUGGUGAUGGCAUUUAUGGGAUUGAGUAGUGUACUGCAUGGGAUUGAAGUGAAAAUUCGCGAGUUGUUCUCCGUCAGUGAGGUGCUUCCAGCGGAACACGUGGAAUAUUCCGUGUCCGAUCUUCUGGAGGAGAUUGAUCUGGGUUUUGUCGAGCCUGUUUUGUAUGCCGCAUUUUCUAACCCCAACACACCUGACUCGGCUGGAUGCCUGUUCACUCCCAAUGUCGGGCGCCUCAGUCAGGCUAAUAAACGAACGAGAGGAGGAGAAUGGGAUACGACUUUUCGUCGUUCGUUAUUGUCAGCCGAUCACACUGUGGAUCACAAUGAGCCAACGCCCAGCGAAAUCUUUCAUACUGCGCACGACGUCACCUCGGAUAUCACGACGGAUCAAGGCAUUAUGGUUUUGGAUAGGGAUCUAUUCUGUCCGGAUGGAAUGAUUUCCGAAGAAGUGGUAUUUCACAUGCUCGUCAACCAAGUGCAGAAGCAUUUUGGCGACUGUCUGGAGCAGUUACGGCGCUGGAUCGCUAU